AUGUUGAUGGCUAUUGGUGCAAUUGAACGACAUAUUUUAGUUUUUCACAGUGGAUGGAAUCGAACAUACAAGAGACGACUUCUUUUUCAUUAUUUUCCUUUUGCGAUUAUUAUUAUUUAUUCUGGUUUAUUUUAUGUGGUUGCUAUUUUCUUUUCUCCUUGUGAAAAUAUAUUCGAUUACAAUCAACCAUGGUGUUCUUAUCCUUGUUAUUACAACAUCACAGUACUAGCGAUAUAUGACACUGUGAUAAAUACCAUUUUACCUACAUUAUUGAAUGUUAUCUUCAGUAUUGCUCUUCUUGUACGUCAUAUUCGUCAAAAGCGUCGUAUGCAACAAGUACUUCAAUGGAGAAAACAUCGAAAAAUGACCAUUCAGAUGCUUUUAGUAUCAACUUUACAUCUUGUUUUCCAAAUGCCUGUAUCCAUUCUUAUUACUGCUCAUCUCUGCGGAUUGCCAGCAGAGAUAGGUGCCGACGCUCAGCUCUACACAUAUUUUUUUACUUACUUUAUUACUUUACUUAUACCAUUCGUCUGCCUUGCUGCUUUGCCAGAACUUUGGAAGAAACUCACGUUAUAUUCACCACUGUGGAUGAAGGAACAACAACGACGCACUGCAACUGUCUUACCUAUUGUUAAUCUCAAUGGAUUGUGA